AAUACAUCAAAAUUGAAAAAUAAUUAAGAAAGGAAGAAGAAGAAAAAGAAAAGGGCGGCACUAUCUGCCGCCGAUGCUGCCCAUCAUCAGAAGAUUCUUAUUCUCUACUUUACCACAUUUCAAAAUUUUUAAAACAUGUAAACCAUAUUAAAUUUAAAAAAUUAAAAAAAAAAACCCAAUUUGCUCUUUUUAUAAUAUGUUACCAUUCUUCUUCGUUAAACUAACGACUAUCAUUUUCAUUAGGGAAAAAAAAAAAAAAAAAGUCUCAGACUCAGUACUUGGAUUAAAAUUUUUUUUUCUGAGAACAAAAAAAUGUUGUGUCGUAAAAAUUCAAGCUGCGAGGAAACAGGAUCUGUACCAGUGUAUCUCAAUGUGUAUGAUCUAACACCAAUUAAUGGGUAUGCUUAUUGGUUUGGACUUGGGGUUUAUCAUUCUGGUGUUCAAGUCCAUGGGGUUGAAUAUGCGUUUGGAGCUCACGAGUAUCCAACAACAGGGAUAUUUGAGGCAGAACCAAAGCAAUGCGAUGGGUUCACUUUUAGGAAGUCGAUUUUGAUUGGGAAAACAGAGUUGGGGCCUGCAGAUGUGAGGGGAGUGAUGGAGGAUUUAGCUGAGGAAUACAAAGGAAAUGCGUACAAUUUAAUCACCAAAAAUUGCAACCAUUUCUGCAAUGAUGCUUGCAUCAGGUUGACUGGGAAUCCUAUCCCAAGCUGGGUUAAUCGCCUUGCUAGAAUCGGGUUCUUCUGCAACUGUGUUCUUCCGGUGACUUUAAAUGCAACCAAAGUGAGGCAUCACAGAAUUGAAGACAAAUCUAGUGAAGGAGAAAAGAAGAAAUUGACGAACGAAUCCAACAGAUUCACAUCAUCUUCAAAUUCUUCAUCGAAUUCAUCGCCAUCCAUCACUCAAAGCAGGGGUAGAAGCCGAAGCAGACGCUCACUUCCCCCUUCUUCACCAUUAGUUAUUGCUCCUCCGUCAUCUUGAUUCAUCAUCCUCAUUAUUUGAAACACUUUAAUUGAAUCAAAUGCUCAAAACAAAAAAAGCAAAGCAAAGCAAAGCAAAUCAUUUAAGUUUCUUUUUCUUUUUUCAUUUAAAAUUCUUGGUGCAUUUAUGAUUCUAACAUUGUCUUGGGAAAUUUUGCAGGCAUGAAAUCUGUACAUUUGUAAGUUAUCAAUUAAAUUUUUGGGCUAUGA